AUGCAUGAAUUGGACAAACAGCUGCCACACUUUGAUUCAGACAAUCAACAUUUCCGGUGCUUUGCUCACAUUUUGAACCUUGGUGUACAAGAUUUAUUAAAGACCUUAGCAUUACACAGUGAAACUGACAAUAAGGGACAAGAACAGCAGUAUGAAGACAAUGAAGACGAAACUGAGGAAGAUGAAGAAUAUGCGCCAAAUAUUGCUGACUCACGUACAGCUAUAACAAAAUUACACAGUAUUUCCAGUAAAAUAAAAAGAAGUGAGAUAUUGAAGAGGAAGUUUCAGUCUGCUUGUGAAGCAGCUGGCGUGCCAUCAAAUCUGAACCCCAUACUCGACUGUCCAACGAGAUGGAAUUCCACACAUGAUAUGAUUGGAUUUGAUUUAAAAGUGAGAACUGGCAUUAAAAUUUUGUGCACUUCUGUCACCGAAUUGAAUGAUUUUCAAAUCACAGAUAGUGAAUGGCAAAUACUCGAAAAAAUACAUAAGUUUCUAAUAAACUUUAAACUUCUAUCAACGAAACUUGGUGGAGAAAAAUAUGUUACAUUACCGCUAGUCAUUGUAUCAUUCAAUCUCUUGCUCGAUAAAAUUGAAUCCAUGGUAAAACAAUUAGAUGAGAAACCUAAUCGAUCCGAAGUGGAUGAAAGGCUCAUUCUGGGUUUUCAAGCAGCUCGAGACAAAAUGCUUAAACAUUAUAAAAAGAGCAACUGGAUUUAUUGUACCUCUUUAAUUUUAGACCCAUGGCAUAAAACUCAGACUUUUGACAUGACAUUAUGGGGGAAGCAAAUUAAAACAGAAAGCCUGCGCAAAUUUAAUGAACUUCAUAAAGAAUAUAAAAGUCAACACUCAGUGAAUACAUCUCUAGAAUCACCAAGAAAUGAAAAGAAAAUAUGA